AUGACCUCCGGAAAGCCAGUCAAGUCCUUCAAGAACCCCUCCGGCGAUCUCGCCGACUCGCCAUCCAGCCACGUCAAGGCUCUCCUCGACAAUGUCAUGGCCGCCAAAAAGCAACUAGGCACCGCAUCCAGCGACGACUAUGCCCUUAUCGACCGUCCCUUUUCCGCCAUUCAGAGCUCGGUCCAGGACAACAAGGCAGCGCCGCACGCCCUCGAGGACCUCGUCAAGGCCUACGCCAGGGCCACCGUCGCAGCUUCCCUCGCCACGCACUGCCUCACGGCGUUUCCGUGGCAACGAGCCAUCGAGGCAGCCCAGCGCUACGACGUCCAGCUCAAGGAGCAAAAGUCCAAGGGCGACGACGAUCUCUUCCGGCAGCUGCCGCUCCUCGGCCUCGUCUUCAGCGUAAAGGACUGCAUCAACGUCGAGGGCCACGCCACCACCAUUGGCUGCUCCAGCCGCGUCGACGCCGUCCCCGCAUCGUCGGCUUGGAUCGUGCAGCAGCUCGAGGACAAGGGCGCCAUCAUGAUCGCAAAGACCGCCUGCCCGCAGGCCAUGGUCUCCAACGUCACCCACUCGCCGCUGUGGGGCAAGGUGCGCUCGCCCUUUGGAGAGCGCUACGAGGUGGGCGGGUCCAGCGGAGGCGAGGCCGCCCUCGUCGCCAUGGGUGGCAGCGCCCUCGGACUCGGCACCGACAUGGGCGGCUCCGUCCGGCAGCCAGCCUCGCUCACCGAGCUCUUCGGCCUCAAGUUUGCCUCCGACACGUUCCAGUUUGACCAGGGCAAGGACUUUGUCACUGGCCUCCCGGACACUCCCAUCCCGGCCACCGCACCUGGCUUCCUUGCAAGGCAUCUCAGCACCAUCCAGGACGUCUGCGCCACCCUGACGCUGCUGGGCGGGACUCUAGAAGCCAAGCAGAGCCCGGAAGAUGGCAGGCUGGCUGUAUCGACCUACGAAGCCUCGCCCGAGGUCACGUCCGCGCUCGACCGCCUGGCCUCGGACUCGGACGGCCUAGGCAAGGUGACGGCCGUACCAGACUUGCUCGGCGACGGCGACGCGUGGUGGGCCGAGAUCUGGAUGCGACACGCCGGCUCUCGAGGCUUCCAGGCCGGGCUGGACAUGAUCGGCGACGAUCCAUUGAUCCCCGAAUCGAUGUUCAACACCCGGCCGAAGGUGCUCUCCCAACACGAGUACUCGGAGGCCCAAAAGGACCUCGAAGCCCUGAUCAAGGGCCUCGAGGGGAAGAUGGGCGGCGAGGGACGGGCUUCGAGCGACUUGAUCCUGUGCCCCUCGUUCAGCUACGGCGGGCCCAUCUCGUCGAAGUCGUUCCAGGCGGCGCAAAAGGCCGAGAUCUGGCUGCAGGCCAUCAACCUGCUCGAUUGGCCGUCGAUCUCGAUCCCCUUGCCGGUCCGGGACGAGCUUCGACAGACGUGGAGGGAGCAGUCCGAGGCGGACAACGAGGGAUGGAGCAAAGGGCGCCAAGGACAGGAGGUGGUCGAGGUGUGGCAGACGAUGCAGCAGGAGGGCCUGCCCGUCCUCAAUGGCCAGGACGACGUCUGGUCCAGAAAGGCGGAUGAAAGCGCAGCAGCGGACGAGACAGGCGGCGCGGAACAGAGCGGCCAGGGGGGCGCAAAGAGGCGAAAGGUCGACGGCGAGCGGCUGCCAGUUCUCAGCGUGCAGCUCGUUGCGCGGCCAGGCAAAGAGGCGCUGCUCUUGCCCGUCGCUCAGCGGAUCAUCGACCUCGCCCAGCGUUGGCGCUGA